UGUUGCUUUUAGGUUACCUAGGGUAUGAAUUAAUACAGACUUGGGAACUGAAAGAACUUAGAAUCAGCAUUUUGAGAGCAGAAGCUUGGGCAUGCUGUGAUUUUCCAAUAAACUGCUAUCACAAUGUCAAAAUGCAGUUCAGACAACAGCAACACAGAGAUCUCAAACAUUAAAACGUAAGCUGUGCUAGAACAAAAAUGCAAUGAAAGAAACACUGGAUGAAUGAAAAGCCCUGCUUUGCAACCCCUCAGCAUGGCAGGCCUGCAGCUCAUGACCCCUGCUUCCUCACCAAUGGGUCCUUUCUUUGGACUGCCAUGGCAACAAGAAGCAAUUCAUGAUAACAUUUAUACGCCAAGAAAAUAUCAGGUUGAACUGCUCGAAGCAGCUCUGGACCAUAAUACCAUAGUCUGUCUGAACACUGGCUCAGGGAAGACGUUUAUCGCAGUGCUACUCACUAAAGAGCUGUCCUAUCAGAUCAGGGGCGACGUCAGCAGACUCGGGAAAAGGACGGUGUUCUUGGUCAACUCUGCAAACCAGGUUGCUCAACAAGUGUCAGCUGUCAGAACUCAUUCAGAUCUCAAGGUUGGGGAAUACUCAAACCUAGAAGUAAAUGCAUCUUGGACAAAAGAGAAAUGGAGCCAAGAGUUUGCUAAGCACCAGGUUCUCGUUAUGACUUGCUAUGUCGCCUUGAAUGUUUUGAAAAAUGGUUACUUAUCACUGUCAGACAUUAACCUUUUGGUGUUUGAUGAGUGUCAUCUUGCAAUCCUAGACCACCCCUACCGAGAAAUUAUGAAGCUCUGUGAAAAUUGUCCGUCAUGCCCUCGUAUUUUGGGACUAACUGCUUCCAUUUUAAAUGGGAAGUGUGAUCCAGAGGAAUUGGAAGAAAAGAUUCAGAAACUGGAGAAAAUUCUCAAGAGUAACGCUGAAACUGCAACUGACUUGGUGGUCUUAGACAGAUACACUUCUCAGCCUUGUGAGAUCGUGGUAGACUGUGGACCGUUUAUGGACAGAAGUGGGCUUUAUGAAAGACUGCUGAUGGAAUUAGAAGAAGCACUUAAUUUUGUCAGUGACUGUAACAUUUCUGUUCAUUCAAAAGAAAGAGAUUCUACUUUAAUUUCUAAACAGAUACUGUCGGACUGUCGUGCGGUGUUGGUAGUUCUGGGACCCUGGUGUGCAGAUAAAGUCGCUGGAAUGAUGGUAAGAGAACUGCAGAAGUACAUCAAGCACGAACAGGAGGAGCUGCACAGGAAAUUCCUUUUGUUUACAGACACUUUCCUACGGAAAAUACAUGCACUAUGUGAAGAGCACUUCUCACCUGCCUCACUUGACCUGAAAUUUGUAACUCCUAAAGUAAUAAAACUGCUUGAAAUCCUACGCAAAUAUAAACCAUAUGAGCGACAACAGUUUGAAAGCGUGGAGUGGUACAAUAAUAGGAAUCAGGAUAAUUAUGUGUCUUGGAGUGAUUCUGAGGAUGAUGAUGAGGAUGAAGAAAUUGAAGAAAAGGAGAAACCAGAGACAAAUUUUCCUUCUCCAUUUACCAAUAUUUUAUGUGGAAUUAUUUUCGUGGAAAGAAGAUACACAGCAGUUGUCUUAAACAGAUUGAUAAAGGAAGCUGGCAAACAGGAUCCAGAGCUGGCUUACAUCAGCAGCAAUUUUAUAACUGGACAUGGCAUCGGCAAGAAUCAGCCUCGUAACAAACAGAUGGAAGCGGAAUUCAGAAAACAGGAAGAGGUGCUUAGGAAAUUUCGAGCACAUGAGACUAACCUGCUUAUUGCAACAAGUAUUGUGGAGGAGGGUGUUGAUAUACCAAAAUGCAACUUGGUGGUUCGUUUUGAUUUGCCCACAGAGUAUCGAUCCUAUGUUCAAUCUAAAGGGAGAGCAAGGGCACCGAUCUCUAAUUAUAUAAUGUUAGCAGAUACAGACAAAAUAAAAAGUUUUGAAGAAGACCUGAAAACGUACAAAGCUAUUGAAAAGAUCUUAAGAAAUAAAUGUUCCAAGUCAGUUGAUACUGGUGAGACUGAGAUUGAGCCCGUUGUGGAUGAUGAUGAUGUUUUCCCACCAUACGUGUUGAGGCCCGAUGAUGGUGGUCCACGAGUCACAAUCAACACAGCCAUCGGACACAUCAAUAGAUACUGUGCUAGAUUACCAAGUGAUCCGUUCACUCAUCUGGCCCCUAAAUGCAGAACCCGAGAGCUGCCUGAUGGGACAUUUUAUUCAACUCUCUAUCUGCCAAUUAACUCACCUCUUCGAGCCUCGAUUGUUGGUCCACCGAUGAGCUGUACACGCCUAGCCGAAAGAGUCGUAGCGCUCAUUUGCUGUGAAAAACUGCACAAAAUUGGGGAACUGGAUGACCAUUUGAUGCCAGUUGGGAAAGAAACCGUUAAAUAUGAAGAAGAGCUUGACUUACAUGAUGAGGAAGAGACCAGUGUCCCAGGCAGACCGGGCUCCACAAAACGCAGGCAGUGCUACCCCAAAGCAAUUCCAGAAUGUCUGAGGGAUAGCUACCCUAGACCCGAUCAGCCCUGUUACCUGUAUGUGAUAGGGAUGGUUCUCACGACACCGCUGCCUGAUGAGCUCAACUUCAGAAGGCGGAAGCUUUAUCCCCCCGAGGAUACUACACGAUGCUUCGGAAUACUGACAGCCAAACCCAUACCUCAGAUUCCGCACUUUCCCGUGUAUACUCGCUCUGGAGAGGUGACCAUAUCUAUUGAGUUGAAGAAGUCUGGUUUCACAUUGUCUCUACAAAUGCUCGAGUUGAUCACAAGACUCCACCAGUAUAUAUUCUCACAUAUUCUUCGCCUUGAAAAACCUGCACUAGAGUUUAAACCCACAGACGCUGAUUCGGCUUACUGUGUUCUACCUCUGAAUGUUGUUAAUGACUCCAGCACUUUGGACAUUGACUUUAAGUUCAUGGAAGAUAUUGAGAAAUCUGAAGCUCGCAUAGGCAUUCCCAGUACAAAGUAUUCAAAAGAAACACCCUUUGUUUUUAAAUUGGAAGAUUACCAGGAUGCAGUGAUCAUUCCAAGAUAUCGAAAUUUCGAUCAGCCUCAUCGAUUUUAUGUAGCUGAUGUGUACACUGAUCUUACUCCACUGAGUAAAUUUCCUUCCCCUGAGUAUGAAACUUUUGCAGAAUAUUAUAAAACAAAGUAUAACCUUGACCUGACCAAUCUCAACCAGCCACUGCUGGAUGUGGACCACACAUCUUCAAGACUUAAUCUUUUGACGCCUCGCCAUUUGAAUCAGAAGGGGAAAGCUCUUCCUCUGAGCAGUGCUGAAAAAAGGAAAGCCAAAUGGGAAAGUCUGCAGAACAAACAGAUACUGGUUCCAGAACUCUGUGCUAUACAUCCAAUUCCAGCAUCACUGUGGAGAAAAGCAGUCUGUCUCCCCAGCAUCCUUUAUCGCCUUCACUGCCUUUUGACUGCAGAGGAGCUAAGAGCCCAGACAGCCAGCGAUGCUGGCGUGGGAGUCAGAUCACUUCCUGUGGAUUUUAGAUACCCUAACUUAGACUUCGGAUGGAAAAAAUCUAUCGACAGCAAAUCUUUCAUCUCAAUUGCUAACUCCUCUUCAGCGGAAAAUGAUAAUUACUGUAAGCACAGCACAAUUGUAGUCCCUGAAAAUGCUGCACAUCAAGGUGCUAAUCGAACCUCCUCUCUAGAAAAUCAUGACCAAAUGUCUGUGAACUGCAGAAUGUUAUUCAAUGAGUCACCUGGUAAGCUCCCAAUUGAAGUUUCAACAGAUCUGACAGCAAUUAAUGGUCUUUCUUACAAUAGAAACCUUGCCAAUGGCAGUUAUGAUCUAGCUAACAGAGACUUUUGCCAAGGAAAUCAGCUGAAUUACUACAAGCAGGAAAUACCUGUACAACCAACUACCUCAUAUCCCAUUCAGAAUUUAUACAAUUAUGAGAACCAGCCCAAGCCCAGCGAUGAAUGUACUCUACUGAGUAAUAAAUACCUUGAUGGAAAUGCUAACAAAUCUACCUCAGAUGGAAGUCCCGUGACGGCCGCGAUGCCUGGCACUGCAGAGGCUGUCCCCACGCUCGAGGACAGGGCGGGUUCUAAGCAGAGCCCUUCUCCCGGGCGCUCCUCGAGGACUCUCGGCCCAAAUCCUGGGCUUAUUCUUCAGGCCUUGACCCUUUCGAAUGCUAGCGAUGGGUUCAACCUGGAGCGGCUCGAGAUGCUUGGCGACUCCUUUUUAAAGCAUGCCAUCACCACCUACCUGUUUUGCACUUAUCCUGAUGCUCAUGAGGGCCGCCUUUCAUAUAUGAGAAGCAAAAAGGUCAGCAACUGUAAUCUCUACCGGCUUGGGAAGAAGAAGGGGCUGCCCAGCCGCAUGGUGGUGUCGAUAUUCGAUCCCCCCGUGAAUUGGCUUCCUCCUGGUUAUGUAGUAAAUCAAGACAAAAGUAACACAGAUAAAUGGGAGAAAGACGAAAUGACAAAAGACUGCAUGCUGGCUAAUGGCAGACUGGACGACGACUUGGAGGAGGAGGAGGAGGAGGGCCUGACGUGGAGGGCCCCGAAGGAGGACACCGAGUACGAGGACGACUUCCUGGAGUACGACCAGGAGCACAUCAAGUUCAUAGACAACAUGCUGAUGGGGUCGGGAGCCUUCGUAAAGAAAAUUUCUCUCUCUCCUUUUUCAACCACCGAUUCUGCAUAUGAAUGGAAAAUGCCCAAAAAGUCCUCCUUAGGUAGCAUGCCGUUCUCGGCAGAUUUUGAGGAUUUUGACUAUAGCUCCUGGGAUGCGAUGUGCUAUCUGGACCCCAGCAAGGCCGUGGAGGAGGACGACUUUGUGGUGGGGUUCUGGAAUCCGUCAGAGGAGAGCUGCGGCGUGGACGCGGGGAAGCAGUCCAUUUCCUACGACCUGCACACGGAGCAGUGCAUCGCCGACAAGAGCAUCGCGGACUGCGUGGAGGCCCUGCUGGGCUGCUACUUAACCAGCUGUGGCGAGAGGGCCGCUCAGCUUUUCCUCUGCUCGCUGGGGCUGAAGGUGCUCCCGGUCGUUAAAAGGACUGACCGGGAAACGGCCACAUGCCCGACACGGGAGAGUUUCGGCAGCCAACAAAAGAGCCUUUCAGGGGGCCGCGCUGCCGCCUGUGCAGCCAGCCCCCGCUCCCCCGUGUUUAAAGACUUGGAAUACGGUUGUUUGAAGAUUCCACCACGAUGUAUGUUUGACCAUCCAGAUGCAGAUAAAACGCUGAAUCACCUGAUAUCGGGUUUCGAAAAUUUCGAAAAGAAAAUCAACUACAGAUUCAAGAAUAAGGCUUACCUUCUGCAGGCUUUUACACAUGCCUCCUACCACUACAAUACUAUUACUGAUUGCUACCAGCGCUUAGAAUUCCUGGGGGAUGCGAUUUUGGACUACCUCAUAACCAAGCACCUUUACGAAGACCCGCGGCAGCACUCCCCAGGGGUCCUGACGGACCUGCGGUCUGCUCUGGUCAACAACACCAUCUUCGCGUCGCUGGCGGUGAAGUACGACUACCACAAGUACUUCAAAGCGGUGUCCCCUGAGCUCUUCCACGUCAUCGAUGACUUCGUGCAGUUUCAGCUUGAGAAGAACGAAAUGCAAGGGAUGGAUUCCGAGCUUAGGAGAUCUGAGGAGGAUGAAGAGAAGGAAGAGGAUAUUGAAGUUCCAAAGGCCAUGGGGGAUAUUUUUGAGUCACUUGCUGGUGCCAUUUACAUGGAUAGUGGGAUGUCACUGGAGAUGGUUUGGCAGGUGUACUAUCCUAUGAUGCGGCCGCUAAUAGAAAAAUUUUCUGCGAAUGUGCCCCGUUCCCCUGUGCGAGAAUUGCUUGAAAUGGAACCAGAAACUGCCAAAUUUAGCCCGGCCGAGAGAACUUACGAUGGCAAGGUCAGGGUCACCGUGGAAGUGGUGGGAAAGGGGAAAUUCAAAGGUGUCGGCCGAAGUUACAGGAUCGCCAAGUCUGCAGCAGCCAGAAGAGCCCUACGAAGCCUCAAAGCUAAUCAACCUCAGGUUCCCAACAGCUGAAGCCCCUUUUUAAAAUUAAAAAAAGCAGAAUUAAGGUGGAAAAUAUUUAAAUUGAAAAGGAUGAUUUAAAGUUGAUAUUGAACAGAAUGAAUUGAAGGCAGAAUUUAAAGUUUGUGUGAUAACAAGAUAGAUUGCAUUUAACAUAUGUAUAAAAAUUUUGGAACUAAUGGUAGUUUUAGUUUUUUGCGCAAACACAAUCUUGUCUUCUUUCCUCACUUCCUGCUUUGUUUAAAUCACAAGAGUGCUUUAACGAUGGCAUUUAGCGAGCACUCAGCGUAAUUAUCGACAGUUGUUUGUUUGUUUGCUUAAUUUGUCACCUUCGCUUAGUGUUAGGGAGCCACGGAGCUGAAACCUCAGACAGUCCCUAGGGCUAGGGUCCCGUACCACCCCUCAGUGUGUGCGUCUCGCCCGGUCCAUAAGCCGGGGAGCAUGGGGGAGGGCGCGGGUCGCGAGGGGAGUGUGCCAGCGUCGUCUCUUCUCCACGUUAGGUUGUGUGAGACGCUGUUGCCCAGUUGCUACUGCACUUGACAGCGAGGGACAGGUGUCGAAUGAGCAUUGGCUGGCAUGUUGGCGAAUCGGAUUUUAGUGUUCUCAUGCCACAUAGUCUUGCAUAAAAAAGGUUCUUGCCUUAAAAGUAACACCCUCAUGGAUAGUCUUUAAUUUCUGAUCUUUUUGGAACAAACUACUUUACAUUCCCUUCAUUUUAUUACGCAUUAGACGUUGAGAUAGCGUGAUAUUUACAACUCACUAGCAUAGUUGUAACUUAACUUAUUACAGGAUAUGACAGUUUCUGUCCUGUGUGUACUAAAGACAUUUUAAAACCCAGAAUAUGUAGUCUAUGGAUUUUUAAAAACACCACCAUUAAAAGGAUCUUUGACUAAGUACACAAUUUUAUUAAAAACCUCCUGCUAGGUCGUUCCACUGAUGGCAAUUGUUUGUGGCAAAUAAUUUUGCCCUGUAGGCUGUUUCUCUCACAAAAUAAACUUUAGACAUAUCACACCUAAAAUAUGCUGCAGAUUUUGUAAUUGAUCGGUUACUUAUUUAAAGAAGCAGAACCCAGCACCUUUACUGUUAGUCUUCUCACAUAAAUUUCUUACUGUACUUUUCACAAUUUUGCAUGCACAUUUCACCUACCAAAGCAGUGCUGUUAAUGCCAUGAAAGUUUAACGUUUGCGAUAAACUGCCGUAAUUUUGAUACAUCAGUGAUUUAGCUCAUUAAUUUAGAUAAACUAGCUCAUGAUUUCUAUCUUUGGAAAAGAAAAAAAAAAAAAGACAUUUUUAGGCGUUUGCCUGAGUUUCUUUAAUUAGACCUGUAGGCACUCUUCACUUAAAUACCUCAGUUCUUCUUUUCUUUUGCAUGCGUUUUUUCCCCCGUUUGGUGCUAUGUUUAUGUAUUAUGCUUGAAAUUUUAAUUUUUUUUUUGCACUGUACCUACGAUACCUCUUCAUUUACCUUUAUAAAAGCCGUGGGCCAGUCUUGCACUCCCACCAACACACCAGUAGAGGUUUGCUGCAAUUCGCCCCAUUAAUUAUGCUUGAAGUUUAAGAAAGCUGAGCAGAGGUGUCUAACGUUUCCCAGCACGUCAUUCUGAACUGACGCUUCGUGCGAUGCUGCACUUGCGUUCGAAUUGCAGUCGAAUACUGUGCGUCUUGCUUUAUCUGCAGCACUCACGCCCAGGGACGCACCUCUGCACGUGUCACCCAGAACACCGUCAACGUCACUUCCUAAGGAGACCGGAGUGACGGGGGUGUUAAGCUUCUCCAACGUUACUUGUUGUCUCCAACCUCAAACUUAACAUUGAGAUCUAAAUUGUUAAAUGAGUUUUUGAGUAAAUUAAUUUGAGUGGGCUCGUUUUUAAAAUAUUGAAUUCUGGUUUGGAACCUUAGAUUUCUGUUUGUUUUUUGAAAAAACCUCAAUGCGAGAUCUGGCAAGUUAAAAGCAAGCAGUUCUUGAAUUAUAUAUAACUGUAAACAUGUACAAUUAACAAGAAAGACAAGCAUGUAAAUUUUACUUGUGAGGGAGGGUGAUUUGUGAUGAAGUUAUAUCACAAGUCUCUUGAUAAUUUUUAAACUACCUGAUGCCAGGAGCUUAGGGCUUUGCGUUGUAUCUAAUGCACUAAUCCCAGUGUUAAGGGGUUCUCUCGCUUCCUGGCACCAAAACCAGAUUGUUCCGCAGUUACAAUUCCCGUUGGGAGAAAAUGCCUCAAUAUAUUUUGUAACCUUAAGAAGAGUAUUUUUUGUUAAUACUAAAAAGUUCAGACUUGGAUGUGAUUAGGUCAUACAUUCUCAGGGGUUCAAAUUUCCUGCUACCAUUCAAAAUAUUUUAUCAACAGCAAACUUUAGCUAUUUUGUAUUUCUUUCUUUCUUUCUUUUUUUUUUUUUUUUGCUGGAGAAAAAUAGCUGAUUUUAAUUUGCGACUCACACUUUGAAGCAUUCUAUGAUCCCCUGGUUACUGCAUUAAAAAAAUAAAAACUAUGAGUUAGACAUAUGAAAUGGUUAUGAACGCUUUUGUGCUGCUGAUUUUUUAUGCUGUAAAGUUUUCCCCAGUUUAGCUUGACAUGUUUCGCAUCCAUUAAUUAAGAAAAAAAAUCACUCUGUUGCCCCCUCUUUCCAACCAUGUGUGUGUCCUCCUCUUGUUCCUGUGAUUGCCACGUGAGACCGAAUGUAACACGGAAACCUACUAGUGGGAGGCGUCGCCGUGCUGUGAGCACACGUGUAAAGGACUGGCGAGGCGUGUCUUGAAAGCAACUACAGAAACUCCUUGUGAUGAUUGUGUGGAGGUUCGUUGGCUCGAACCUUCAUUGUAAAUGUUUUAGCUUUUGUGAUACACGUUCAGCAGUCCUAACUAUGCUGCGUUUUGUAAUAGCUUUCCCCCCCUCUUCUGUUCAUGUAGCACAGAUAAGCAUUGCACUUGGUACCAUGCUUUACCUCAUUUCAAGGAAAAUAUGCUUAACUGAGAGGAAAAAAUGUGGUUUGGCCUCGCUGCUGUUUUGAUUUACCGAAUUUGAAAAAGAUAAUUAUAAUGCCUGCAAUGUGUCAUAUACUUGCACAACUUAAAUAGGUCAUUUUUGUCUGUGGCAUUUUUACUGUUUGUGAAAGUAUGACAGAGAUUUGUUAACUGAACUCUUAAUUAUGUUUGAAAAAAUGUUUGUUACGUUUUUUUCUUUUUCUCUUUUUUCUUUUACGUUAUGUGAUUAAAUUUAGAAUGACCUCUAACACUCCUGUAAUGAUCUUUUCAAAUACUAAUAUUUUUAUU